UGACGAAGUUGUCUUCGUAUUCAUACCAGUGUAGCUUAUCGUUGGAGAGCUGUCAGGAGUUGUUAUUCGACGUUCGUCAAAAUGGAGUUCUCUUUUUCACCAUCCUUCAGUUUCUAUAUACUUUUAAUCACUUUGAUCGCGAUAAUUGCGAUCAAAGUGAUAUCUUUGAUAUAUUUCCAAUUAACAUAUUGGAAGAAGAAAGGUGUACCAACGAUGCUGAAUUAUCCUCUUUUCGGACUGAAUUGGAUGGUUUUCUUUGGCAAAAGAUCCUUCCAGGAGUUAAAUACGAUGAUAUAUGAGAUGUUGCCAGGUGCGAAAUACGUGGGCACUAUGGAUUUUGCAACGCCACUUUUGAUCGUACGUGAUCCUGAUUUAUUGAAGGACAUAAUGGUGAAACAAUUCGAUCAUUUUCCUGAUCAUCGUGCUUUCGUGGACGAAAAUAUCGAUCCGAUUUUCGGUAAAAAUGUUUUCUCGUUACGAGGUGAACGUUGGAAGGAGAUGAGGAACACUUUAAGCCCGUCCUUUACCGCGAGUAAAAUGAGAUUUAUGCUCGACCUCGUUUCCAAAUGUUCCGACGAAUUCGUGAAUUAUUUCAUCGAUCAUCCCGAAGCUGCUAAGGAAAUCGAGAUGAAAGAUGCUUUUACAAGAUACACCACCGACGUGAUAGCGACAGUAGCUUUUGGUAUUUCAGUGAAUUCAAUGAAGGACAGGGACAACAUAUUUUUCCGAAAGGGCGUUGAAUCAAGCAAAUUCGAUGGGUUAUUGAAUGCGAUCAAGUUCACCUUAUUGCGUACUUGUCCUAAUUUCAUGAAAUUAUUAGGAAUCGGUUUCUUAACGCCAUCGACGGCUAAAUUUUUCAACGAUGUAGUACGCGAGACCGUACAGGCACGUGACGAGAAAGGUAUCAUUAGACCAGACAUGAUUCAUUUGUUGAUGCAAGCAAGAGAUAAAGAAUCCAGCAACUUGGAUAUUAAAGAUAUCGUAGCUCAAGCUUUCAUCUUCUUUUUGGCUGGUUUCGACACAUCCUCGACAUUGAUGUGCUUCAUGGUACACGAAUUGGCAGUGCAUCCAGAAAUUCAAGAUAAAUUGUAUCAGGAAAUCAACGAAGUAUUGCUUCGGACCAAUGGUGAAAUCACUUACGAGGAACUUUCCAAGAUGGAGUACAUGGAAAUGAUCAUGAACGAGACAUUAAGAAAAUAUCCACCUGCCAUUUUUCUCGACAGAGUUUGUGUUAAACAGACAGUCAUUCCUUCGUCUUUACCAAAUGGCAAAGAUUUUAUUAUCGAGCCUGAUACAUCAAUUUGGAUUCCCUCUUUCGGUUUUCAUCACGAUCCGAAAUAUUUCCCGGAUCCGGAAAAAUUCGAUCCGGAAAGAUUCAACGAAGAAAACAAACAGAAUAUUAUUCCUUAUACUUACUUACCGUUUGGCAUGGGCCCUAGAAGAUGUAUCGGUGAACGUUUCGCUCUAAUGGAAACGAAAAUAGUUAUAGUAAAUAUUCUUAAGAAAUUUAUUAUCAAACGUACGAGUAAAACGCCCGACCCGGUCGUCUUUGAUAGAAAAUCGUUCAAUCUAAAGAUCGAAGGUGGAUUUUGGAUCAGUUUGGAACAGAGAAAGAAUUGACGAAAAAGAGAAAAAAAGAAAAAAAGAAAUCGUAAUUUAUAAGAUCGGUUAUUUAAAAAUGAUUUUGUUAUAGUUUUCUUUAUUCGUUUAUAGAAAUAUUUAUUCACGAUCCAUAUGACAAAUAGAUAUUCGUUAGAAUUAAUCGAUCGAAUCGUCGAUACGAUUCUCAAACCGGUAAAUAGCUUUAUACGUUAAUGUUGACUUUUUUUAAUCGUACGUAAAGCCAUAAGCACUAUUGUAGCUUGUACAGUAGGCUUAAUACCUGAUAAUGAGGAUAAUAUUCGCUAACGAGUAUUCACGAUUCACUGUAUCGAACUGUAUCGACAUUUUCGAAUUGCGCAUUACUAACAAGCUAUGUGAGAGAUCAAGAAGAGGAAGUACAUAUAUACAUAUACCUAUACGUAUAGAUAUACAUAUUCAUAAAUCGUUCGACCGAGUCAUGCUCUAUCAUAUUUGAGUGGUAUAUCUUGUAAUGUUUUGCAAGUUGUUAUUUAACCUAAUAAUCGAUAACGAUGUUAUUAUAAUUAUAUAUUGUAUUUUUAAUAAUUAAAUUAAGUAAAAUUAACUAUAAUAAUUCUUUUAAUACGAAUUGUAACGUGUACAAUCUCAACUGACGAGAGAUAAAAAAAGAUAAGGAUUUCUCUCUCUUUCUUUUUAUCUCUUUUUUUUUUUAUUAUCUUUUUCUUUAAAGAAACAAAUUAAAACGAUCGAUGUAUCGCUCGAUCCUUAGAUCAUUAUUGUUUUUGCAAGAUAAACGUGAUAAAAUGGCAAGACUCGAUACCAAUGGACGUAACCUCUUCAUUAAUUGAACUCGAGUCACGCGUGACGUAAGUUUACUUAUACAUUCUAAGAAUGACACACUCACCGAGUGAGCUUAUAAUCGUUGCUUCCUUGAAAGAUCUCUAAGACGUUAAUAGAAUUAAAAAUGUUUAGAAAAUAGUAAUUUUUUUGUUCCUUUCUUUUUUUUCCCUUUUUUCUUGUUUACUUUUUUCUUGACAAUGAUUAUCGAAUUUUUGAUACUCGAAAAGAAAAAGAUGAUUCAAAGUUAUCAGUUAAUUGGAAAACGAUAAGAUAAGAGAAAGCUUGACUCAUUCCGUACAUUCAUUGUAACAAUGUGAAAUAAAAAGAAUUUAUUUAAAUAUAAGAAUAUGUAAUUACACGGUAGAAUAAGUAAUCGUGUAAGAUCGUGAUAACGUUGUUGUUUUUUUCUUCUUUUUAUGAAUACAAAGUACUCAGAAUAAUUUAUAAUUAAAUUUAAGAAUAUUUUUUGAGAUUGUGCGUAUGGAAUGAUAUCGAGAUACGUCGGCAGUAAAAAUAUGUUUGCUUUUUGAAGAUCUAAUCUAAUAACGAAAGAAGAUAGAUAUAUCUUGCAAAGGAUCAUAUUUUUCACGUUGCACCGCGUUUGAUCUUUUAGAUUUAUAUAUAUAUAUAUAUAUAUAUAUAUAUAUAUAUAUAUAUAUAUAUUCAGAAAAGAGAAAGUUCGAUUGUUUGCAGGAUAUAGAACCAUUUGUCCUUGGUUACACAUAAAUUUGACCCUUGGCAAAAUCGAGCAGGUUCAUCGGAUAGUCGACAAACAUCCAUGAGAGCAAAGGUAUCUUCUAAGUCGAUAUCUUCCUCGUUGUUUCCUUCCUUUCGGCAUCAGAUAUGCUCUCUCUCUCUUUCUCUCUCUUUCUCUCUCUUUCUCUCUGUCUUUAUCUAUUUUAUCUAUCUAUCUAUCUAUCUAUCUAUCUAUCUAUCUAUCUAUCUCUAUUUCUAUCUCUAUCUCUAUCUCUAUUUCUCUCUGCAUGUGUACGUCCCGAACUAAGUUUCUUCUUCAAAGCUCCUGCCAACUUCCUGGAAUAUCGCUUUGUACCUUCGUACCGCUUGACUUUAUCUUUGAACCAGAAGACCGGCUGAAAGGGAUGUUCAAUUUGUCAUUUUGUUUGACUAACGCGCUUUAAGAGAUGCUCCGUUUCGUUAGGACGAUCCUAUGAGUCCAAAAAAAUAAAAGUAGAAGGAAAAGAGGAAAGAUACAUACACACACACACACACACACACACGUAUGUAUGUAUGUAUGUAUAUGUAUAUAACUUGUUAAUUUAGUUACGGGGAGAAGUAUCUGGAAUAAAAAGUGACAGAAGGGGAAUCAGGAGACUAAGAAGAUACUAAGUACUUAUGAUAAACAGAUUAGAGUAGAUCUAAGUUAUAGUACUUAUGUACAGAUGAAAAGGUUAGCCCAGCAAAGAGUGACAUAGAGGGCUGCAUCAAAUGAUUCUAAGGAUAGAUUAGUCAAAUUAAAUCGUAUAUAGAUAUAUGUAACAGAGGAAGAGAGAAAGAGAGAGAGAGAAAGAGAAAUCAGUUUAGUCUACUUUCUUUUACUACUGAUUCAUGGUAGAAAAAGAUUUGGAACUUGAAGAGAAAAAAAAGAAAGAGAGACAGAGAGAGAGAGAGAGAGAGAGAGAGAGAGAGAGAGAGAGAGAGAGAAAUUAGUGGUUGCGGCUCUAUGCAGUUAUGAGAGCGUAGAGUGAACGUAAAAAUUAUUGUCUAAACAGUAGUUUAAACAGUUAGAUCACGGAAGGCUAUUUUCGUAAGGUAAUUGUUUGAAAUACAAAUUUGCAUGGAAAAACAUCGACGUUACCUUUUUCAUGUUCGUUAGAUCUCUCCCUCUCUCUCUCACAACAUACAUAGAUAUAUGUCUAUCUAUAUAUGUUUCUAUUCAUCUAUCUAUUUAUCUAUCUAUGUUCUAUGCUUAGAAUUUCGGAUGUUUCGCUUAAACAAAUUUCUGUCAGAAUUUUAAUUCUAUAUUCUAUCGAUAUUCAUCUUCGACUUAUUAUUCUCCUUUAUUUUAUUAUUAGUUUUCUCUAUCAAGUCGAGUCGUUUGAAUCUUUGUGGAAAAGUCACCUUUCUCGUUAUCGUUUCGUUGAUAUAUAGAUAUUUUGUUUUAUCACGGAGAUCGAUAUGAUCGAUAACGUUGAUCGAUCUUGUCGACAACUUGAAUAUCUUGAAAUCUUUUUGAUCGAUGACAAGAACGGAAUGCACAUUGAAAAUGUCACUCUGUUUAUGUGUAUGCGUGUGUAUGCUUUACGUGCUAUGUUGUAUGUAGAGGUCAUUAAAAAGAAAAUAAUAAUAAUAACAACAAACAUAUAUGAGUUGGCAUGGAAGAUAAGAUAAAGCAAUAGCUUGAUGCGCAAAUGUGGAACGUGACUUUUACAUGAAACUUCGUAGUGUCAUCGAACUCUAAUCGAAAUAUAUAAUUCUCUCGAGUGUAUCAAUAUCAAUGCGUAUGUUCGCCUCGUUUUUCCCUUUUCUUUUCUUUUUCUUUUUUUUUCCUUUUUUUGUCCUUUGCAUGUUCGCUUCGAUUUUCUUUUGCAAAUUCUUUCGAAUUAUCUUCAUGGGGAAAAGAGGGCGAGCGAGGAGUUAGUAGCAACGAGGACGCGCAUAUUGCUGACCGUAAAAGAAAAAAAAAGGAAGGAAAAAAAGAACGGGGAAAAAAAGGAGAAAAGAAAAGAAAGAUGUUAGUAUGCCGUAAACGAGAUAGUAGUGUGGUCGCUACGUGGAAAACUGUUGUGGUGUAUAAGUUAGGGGACGAAGUAAGACGCCAUGGAGUUUUUAAUAACCAACGGGGGAACGGCAGUUAGUCGGCGAUAACUUAAAAUCUAAAAUUCAUUGAAUCUCCAGGACUGUCGAGAAAAUUUGUAACCGACGAUGCAGGUCGUAUCGUAAAAAAAAAGGACACCAGGGACGACGACGCAUGAAAAAGAGAAAGAAAGAGAAAGAAUAACAUAGAUAGACAGACAGAUAGAUAGAUAGAGAGAGACAUAGGGAGAGAGAGAGAGAGAGAGAGAGAGAGAGA